AUGGAUAAAUUGGGUAACAGUGCAUUUACCUUCAGCGGAGAUUAUUUAUCUGACAUGUUUUUGGGGAACACCAGCUUCUCCCCUGACUACUACAACGAGAGUGACACCUGCUGCUCUGUGCCACCCUGCACCUCCAAGAGCAUCCAGGCCUUUGACAGGGUCUUCCUGCCAGUCCUCUACAGCUUGCUAUUCCCACUGGGGCUAUGCGGGAACUGCAUGGUGAUGGCUGUGCUACUGCAGUGCAAGAGGUCCCUGGCUGGGACCGACGUGUUCAUCCUCAACCUGGCGCUCGCCGACGUACUGCUGGUGGUGACACUCCCCUUCUGGGCAGUGCAGGCCGUGCACGGCUGGGUCUUCAGCACUGGCAUCUGCAAGCUGGUCGGCUCCAUCUUCAAGAUAAAUUUCUAUUCCAGCAUCUUCUUCCUGGUGUGCAUCAGCUUCGACCGGUACCUCUCCAUCGUCCAUGCCGUGCACAUGUACAAGAGGAACAAGUCGCAUCUGAUGGUGGCCAGCUGCCUGGUGGUCUGGGGCGUCUGUGUCCUCUUAACCGUGCCAGAUUUCCUGUACCUGGAAGUCAAGAAGGACUAUCGCCUCAACAUCACUUUGUGCUCCCACAACUUCUCCAUCAACACCUCCCUGCACUGGAAAACGGCCCUGCGCAUGUGCUACCACAUGUUGGGCUUCUUCCUGCCCCUGGCAGCCAUGCUGUACUGCUACACCUGCAUUAUUCACACUCUGCUGCGCUCCCAGGGCUUCCACAAGCACAAGGCCAUGCGGGUCAUCCUGACAGUGGUGGUGGUUUUCUUCGUGUGCUGGACGCCCUACCACCUGGCCCUGCUGGCAAACACGCUGAUCGACCUGCAGGUGCUGGGGCGGGACUGUGCCAGGGAGGCCAGCCUGGACAUCGCCAUGUCUGUCACUGCCAGCCUGGGCUACUUCCACUGCUGCCUCAACCCCCUGCUCUACGCCUUUGUUGGCAUCAAGUUCCGCAACAAGUUCCUGGAGCUGCUGGGCCACGUGGGCUGCGUGAGCCACGAGUUCCUGCGCAGACACGUACAGACACCAAGCCAGCGCAGGGACUCCACCUGGUCGGAGACCACUGAGGCCUCCUACUCAGGGCUCUAG